GAACGGAUUAUAUAUACUAGUUUGGAUGAGAUCUUUAAGAGUAUUAUUCCAUGUUUCAUUAUAUCAUCAAUCAAGAAAUAUUAACCAGAACAGACAUACGUACAAACACUCCUGGCAUCUCUCUUUCUCACGUAAAUCAUCAGAGAAAGUUCUGAUUGUGUUCCCUAUUUGUCUAUCUUUCAUUCUUUUGUCAAUCUCUCGUAACCCUUCCUCUGUACUCUACCUGCAUCCAUAGUUUUGAUUUCAGUCACAACCAUCUUUUUCAUAGCUUCAACAAAUUCAAGGUCUCGUUUUCUCACAUGGGUUCUUUGUAAAUAACAUUCCCAGAUCGAAGAUGUUAAUGCCAUCGAAUUCCUUCUUUCAAGAAGGUGUUUUCUUAUUUCUUGAUAUUCCGUCGUAUCAGCUGGAGAUUGAAAUUAGGGUUUUGUAAUUAGAUUUAAGCGAAUAAUAGUAGUUCCUGAUUGGUCUUCGAUGGGGAAUAAGCUUGUUAGAAAGAGGCAUCAAGUGGACGAGAAGUACACAAGGCCUCAAGGAUUGUAUCAACACAAGGAUGUAGAUCACAAAAAGCUUCGUAAACUCAUACUUGAUUCUAAACUUGCUCCUUGUUAUCCUGGUGACGAUGACUGUAACUGCGAUCUUGAAGAAUGCCCAAUUUGCUUCUUGUAUUAUCCAAGCCUAAAUCGUUCAAGAUGUUGCAUGAAAGGCAUUUGUACAGAGUGUUUUCUGCAGAUGAAGAUGCCUAAUUCAACACGCCCCACACAGUGUCCCUUUUGUAAAACGUUUAACUAUGCAGUGGAGUAUAGAGGGGUAAAGACUAAAGAAGAAAAGGGGUUGGAGCAAAUUGAAGAGCAACGGGUGAUAGAUGCACAAAUAAGAAUGAGAAGAAGAGAAAUUCAAGAUGAAGAAGAAAGGAUGCAAAGAAGACAAGAUAUGAGCUCUUCAAGCAGAAUAAUUGAAGGUGAUGAUGAAAUUGUUUCUAUUGGUAAUUCUGGAAUUACAAAUCCUUCAGGAUCUAGAAAUGAUGAAUUUGAUCUCGACAAUAUAAUGCUUAUGGAAGCCAUAUGGCUCUCAUUUCAGGAGGACGGGAGGCGGCACCGUAAUUACGGUGAUGCGGCUCAGUUAGCAAGAUACGCGGCGGAGCUUCGUGUUUCUGCCGCCGUGGCCCCACCAGUGGCAACAACCGCAUCCUCAUCGCCUUAUGGUGGUCUAGCAUGUACAGUAGCAAGGGAAGAAGGAUCGGAGAUUGGUGCAUAUGGCUUACAAGAUGAGAGUUUUGAAGAACAGAUGAUGUUAGCUAUGGCUGUUUCAUUGUCUGAAGCUCGUGGGAGAUGAUUUCGGUGAAUGUAAAGCGGUUGUUUGUUAUUGAUAUUAAAAGGGUAGAAUGACGAUAUUGCCCUUGUUGGUUGAUCAAUUUGUUGUGUAUAUAAACCAUUAUAACAGCAGUGAUUUAUUUUGUGUUUUAAAAUAUGUACUUUAUAUA